GCUGGAGAGCGGCGUCCCUCACUGUCCCCCGUUCUCCAGGCAAACUCCCGAGGCCCGGGAAGCGGGGCCGGGACCCGCGGACCCGCCAGAGCGCGACGCGGCGAGACGCCGCCUCCCGCCCUGCUGACACCUUGGCCCCCAAAGGCGCGCCGCGGGCUUCACCUAUCCCCCGGCCCCUGACCCUUCUCGCGGCACGGCCCGCUCGCUCCCCGCAGUCUUCUGCGCCCCGCUUCCGCGGGGCCCAGCCCGCACGCCCUGCUCCGAGGUCGGCUGUCUCUCGCUCCGCGGACGUCCCGCGGACUCCGUGGCCCGACCCCCGCUGCCCGUUGGGCCCGAGGCCCCUCCCCGCCUGGUCGCCGUGUGGAGGUAUUCGGGCGGCCGCCGCGGCUCCUGCUUGGUGUGUGCCUUGCCUAGUUUCACUUGAUACUCUUCAGGAAUUAUGUAGAAAAGAAAAACUCACAUGUAAAUCGAUUGGAAUCACCAAAAGGAAUCUAAACAAUUAUGAGGUGGAAUACUUGUGUGACUACAAGGUAGUAAAGGAUAUGGAAUAUUAUCUUGUAAAAUGGAAAGGAUGGCCAGAUUCUACAAAUACUUGGGAACCUUUGCAAAAUCUCAAGUGCCCAUUACUCCUCCAGCAGUUUUCUAAUGACAAGCAUAAUUAUUUAUCUCAGGUAAAGAAAGGCAAAGCAAUAAAAGACAAUAACAAAGCUUUGAAACCUGCCAUUGCCGAGUACAUUGUAAAGAAGGCUAAACAGAGGCUAGCUCUGCAGAGAUGGCAAGACGAACUCAACAGAAGAAAGAAUCAUAAAGGAAUGAUAUUUGUUGAAAAUACUGUUGACUUAGAGGGCCCACCUUCAGACUUCUACUACAUUAAUGAAUACAAACCAGCUCCUGGAAUCAGCUUAGUCAAUGAAGCUACCUUUGGUUGUUCGUGUACAGAUUGCUUCUUUGAGAAAUGUUGUCCUGCUGAAGCUGGAGUUCUUUUGGCUUAUAAUAAAAACCAACAAAUUAAAAUCCCACCUGGUACCCCCAUUUAUGAAUGCAACUCGAGGUGUCAGUGUGGACCCGAUUGUCCCAAUAGGAUUGUACAAAAAGGCACCCAGUAUUCACUUUGCAUCUUUCGAACUAGCAAUGGCUGUGGCUGGGGUGUAAAAACCCUUGUGAAGAUUAAAAGAAUGAGUUUUGUCAUGGAAUAUGUUGGGGAGGUAAUCACCAGUGAAGAAGCUGAAAGACGGGGGCAGUUAUAUGACAACAAAGGAAUCACAUAUCUCUUUGAUCUGGAUUAUGAAUCUGAUGAAUUCACAGUGGAUGCAGCCCGAUAUGGAAAUGUCUCUCAUUUUGUGAAUCACAGUUGUGACCCAAAUCUUCAGGUGUUUAAUGUUUUCAUUGAUAAUCUCGACACCCGUCUUCCCCGAAUAGCAUUGUUUUCCACAAGAACCAUAAAUGCUGGAGAAGAGCUCACUUUUGAUUAUCAAAUGAAAGGUUCUGGAGAUGUAUCUUCAGAUUCCGUUGACCACAGCCCAGCCAAAAAGAGGGUCAGAACUGUGUGCAAGUGUGGAGCUGUGACUUGCAGAGGUUACCUCAACUGAAUUUUCAGGAAACAGCUGAUGAUUGUAGUUUGUUUUUUUCUAAUGUUAACCUUUAAAAAAAGUAUUUGGGACUCUUUUCAUAUUAUCAGGAUUAUAUACUAUGUUAAUUUACAAUUCAUGUUUCAAACUAUUGGCCAAAUGCAUUACUGAUGCUUCUGAAGAGAACACAGGGUCACAGAGACUAAUUUAAAAUACACAUAUCUAGUGAUUAGACACCAAACAUGAAAGGAAAACUGACAGAUCAGCAUACACAUACAUAAGAAGUCUGUGUGAAUAGAGAAAUGCCUCCUUCAGUGUUUAAGCGUUAAACUGAUAACGUAACCAUCACUAAGAUCAAAUAUUCAACCUGCCAUACACCUUGAAUUUAGAGAAAGAGUUAAUUUGGGCAAAUACAUACAAGUGCUAUUUUUGUUAUGUUGUCAUUCCCGUUAAUUACUCACUGUACUUGUAUUUAAGAAAAAUAGGUGAUACGGAAUUAUACUCUAUUUUCUACUUUCAUUAAAAUACUGGGAUCUUAAUGAUACAGAAAUUUAAGGUCUAAAAUUCAAUGUAAACAGGUUUAAUUACAGCUUGAUUUCAUAUUUUGAAGCAA